AUGGCUACCACUGCCGUACCUGCAAUACCAACCGUGAAUGCCUACAUCAACCCAGCAGGAUUCUCCACACCUGGUCUCGAAAACCAUGGAUACACGGUCUGGCUCGCGCUCGUCAUUAUGGUCAUCAUAUCAGGGACCACAGUCUGCCUCCGAGUGCUCAUUCGGACCAGCGCUAAUCAGAUGGGUUCUGACGACUGGGCGAUUGUGGCGGCUAUGACCUCUUUGCUGAUACAGACGACGCUAUGGGCGAUGUCUGUCCGCACAGGAUACGGCUCAGACUAUCUCAAGCUCAGCAUUCCGCAACGACAAGAAUUCAACAAGUACUGGUUUCUUGGAGCCAUCUUCUAUCCGGUCACCCUUGGACUGUUCAAAACCUCGGUCAUCUUGCUGAACAAGCGCAUCUUCGUGCAGCAGAAAUUCCAGAUCGUUUGCUGGAUCACGCUGGUAGUCAACAGUUGUUGGUGCCUGGGCAAUACUCUGGGCUGGAUAUUCCAGUGCUUGCCUGUGCAGAGUAUGUGGGGAAUGGCUAAAGCUCGCUACUGCUUCGACAAUGAUGGCAAAUGGAUUUCGCUCGUUACCUGGGAUGUUGGAACGGAUGUUUGGAUCAUGGCCAUGGCUGUGCCUAUGAUUUGGCACUUGAGGCUGGCAACGCGGCAGAAGAUUGGGCUGAUUGGCAUCUUCAUGCUGGGCGCAGUCGUCGUCGUCUUCAGCAUUAUGAGCUGCUCAGCAGUACUGACAAGUGUUCAAUAUGAGAAUGUGCAUGGUCACAAACAGAACAAAUACGGCUUCGCUCUUGCCAAUCUCUUCCAGGUCCUCGAGUCAAAUAUGGGUGUAAUUGGUGCCUCGUUGCCCGUCCUCAGGAUACCAGCAAAACAAUUUCUACCUCGGAUCUUUGGCGGCAGAGGGAGCUCUCAAGGCUCAGGAAAGCACGCACACUACUACGAAAGCGACUCUUUCACGAAUCGCUACGUUCUACAGAAGCUACCUGAGCGAUCGAAGGACGGGAGCUGGCACAAUGUCUCCGUUUCUGGUGGGGACAAGCUCCGCAGCGGCGCAAGGAAGAGCGACGAGCUAGGGAUCAUCGAGGAGUCGGCGGACAUCGCGGGCAAGUCUGCUGAUACUGUGGAUUGGUCAAAUGGCGGAUCUAUGUCACCCUUCCCGUCUGUGAUUCGCAAGCAGUCGUCUGUUCAUGUAUCGGUGAACCGUACAUAA